GUACUAACCUAGUACGCACAUAUAUCAGCUAGCUAGCAAGUGCCCGCCUAUUCGUUUGAUCGAUCGAUCGCAAUGCCCUUCAGUGAUGAUGAGCAGGACGUUCCUUCUGCAGAUUCAUCAGGAGGGCGAAAGCCGCUGGGCAAUGGCGAAAAACUAGUGCGGCUGGUGGCGUACAGCAACAAGAAGGCGCCACUGGAGGUGAACAGGCAGCAGGUGAUGCUGGAGCUCACCGAUGCAUCUUCCACCGGCUACCGCUCGGGGCUAGACCUCGUGGCUGUCCUGGACGUCAGCGGCAGCAUGGCGGGGAAGAAGCUCCACGAUACGAAGGUCGCCAUGCAGUUCAUCAUCAAGAAGCUGAGCCCCAUCGACCGCCUCUCCAUCGUCUCCUUCUCCACCACCGCCAAGAGGGUGUGCCGGCUGCACUUCAUGACGGAGGAUCGUCAGGUAGAGCUGGAGCGUCUGGUCAACGAGCUGGAAGAUGACAGCCUCACCAACAUCAGCGACGGCCUCCUGACUGGCCGCCAAGUCCUCGACGGCCGCCGCCUCAGUGGCGGCCGCGUCGCCAGCAUCAUUCUCAUGUCCGAUGGGGAGCACAACGUGGGCAGCGUUCUUCCUGAGAAUGUUGAUGUCGGGAAUGUGGCGGUCUACACGUUUGGUUUCGGUGACGACCACAAGCCGAGGGUACUGGACAUGGUCGCCAAGAAUAGCCGAGGAGGAACGUACAAUUACGUCAAGGACGGGGUGGCCCUGAGCGGGCCCUUCUCGCAGAUCCUGGGUGGCCUCCUCAGCGUCGUGGUCCGGGACCUCAAGCUCACCGUGAGGCAGCAGCCAGGCGAUUCCAAGAUAGAGAAGGUGGACCCCGGGAGCUACCCGCAGACGCAGGACGCCGCCACCGGCUCGGUCACCGUCAGCUUCGGCGAUCUCUACAGCAGAGAAGUACGCAAGGUUAUGGUUGACCUCCUCCUCCCUGCCGUCGACAGGGAGUACGUCGCGACUGUCAUCAUCGCCAAAUGCUCCUAUAGUGUCCAAGGAAAACCCUUCCUCACCCCUCCCUUGAGGUGCUCUAUACGGCGCACCCGUACAGCCGCCGCCGGCCCGAACGCCAUAAAGCAGCCAACAGAGGUGAAGACCGAGCUGGCCCGUCGGGAUCACGCGGACCUGCUAGGGGAGGUGAGCACAAUGGAUCCUGCCGGCGCCCGUGACAAGCUGGAGGGGGAGAGAAAAGCCCUUGACAACCUUGAUGAGUCCAACCCCAUGGUCGGCAUCCUCAAGACCGAGUCGGAGCAGCUCCGAAAGCUGACGGAGCCGCCGAGACUCUACGAGACGCAGGGCCGCCCCUACGCGAGGUCGUCCAAGACGUCGCAUGAUCUCCAGCGCAUGGCGUCCAGGGGCGACGUCCAGGACGUCAGACCCUUCGCCACGCCGCUCAUGGACAAGUACCUGGAGCAGGCCAAAAAGUUUCAGGAGGAUCCCAACAUGCCGCUGCCGUCGCUGGAUGACGACGUCAGGGAUGAGGAGGAACCCCCUCCCAUGCCGCUGCCGCUGCCGCCGGAGGACGAGGAGAGAGUGACGGAGACGCUGGUGGCGAAUCAGCCCCGGGUGCCGAGGACCUGGUGGGGGGAAUAUUCACCCCAACACAGGACCACCUCCAGGCGGGCGUGGGUGAUGGUGAUCCUGUGCACGGUGCUGGCCAUCCUCGUGGUGGUGACCAUCGCGGCGGUGCUCUCCGUUUACCUCAUCUACAAGCCCAACACGCCGUACCUGGAGGUCUCCGACGCGCAGCUGGGGCAGUUCCAGGGCGGCCAGUACCUGCAGGUGUCCAUCACCAUCCUGGCCAACAACCUCAAAUCCAAGGCGGACGCCACUUUCUCAAGCUUCGAACUCGCCAUGGGGUUCCACGGUGCCGAGGUGGCGCUGCUGCGGUCAGAGCCCUUCGUGGUGCCGCGACAGAGCUCUCUGCCACUGCACUUCAACGUGGUGGCACUGGACCCUGCCGGGAUGCGGGAUAUGGACGAGUCGCUCGACGCUGGCCUAGUGCCGCUCGACCUCUCCGGAAAGACGCGCACGCGGUGGAGGGUGGGCAUCUUCCAAAAGCGCCAGUUUUGGACGCGCAUCUCGUGCCGCCUCCGCUUCUUCUUCCCCGGCAACGGCACCGUCAUGCCCACCGACCGCGACAGAUGCCGCUCCAGGUUGACGUAGCAGUCAGUGCUCCUCCUCUGCUCGUCCCGAUUAUAUUCUGCCAUCGUUCCUUGGUUGUAUAAAACAAAUACAUAUGCCGUGCUUGUACAUAUAACUAGUUGAUUCCCCGCGCGGGUUGCCGCUGGCAGGUAUACAAAAGCUUGAAGUCUAUGAAAAAUCA